AGGUUUCACUUACUUUACUACUAUAAGAAACUCUACGGACUAAACCUCCCAGGUUUCAUUUACUGUCCCCAGGGGCUGUCGAAGUCUUCUUUACCACUUCCCUCUUUCAUGAGACUAAUACCACGUAUUCUUCUGUCAUGUACAGGUGGGUGUUCGGAGACUUCCUGUGCAAGAUGUACAACUUUAUCAACUACUUGAGCUACACAGCCUCCGUCAUGAUACUGGUGGUCAACUGUAUCGAGAGAUACAUGGCCAUUAUGUGUCCCUUCAGAGCCAAGACUAUCCUUAGUCACCGCAAUCUUGUGGUAUCGCUGGUGGUGGUGUGGGUCGGCAGCGGUGUCUACUGCUGCCCGCGCCUCCUGUACUUCCGGGCGGCGUCGCAUGAGCUUCCGGGGGCUCGCUACACGGAAGUCAUCUGUCUGGCAGACCGCGAGCUCUACGACUCUCGCACUUUCGACACCAUCAACUUCGUGCUGCUCUACGUGAUGCCGCUGACCGUCAUGUCGCUGCUAUACUGGCGCAUCGGCAGGUACCUCUGGAUUAACGGCAGACAGGUGGAAGAGGCGCGCGGAAACUUAAGGAGUUCCCCCUUAAACGGCGUCUUGAGGAGUACCCCCUCAAACGGCGUCGUCUCGCCCCAGAAAGCUCCCUGCUGCAUCUCAGCCCUCAAGGAUGACCUGGCCAAGGAGCAACAGAACUACAAGUGCCAGGAGGAGGGUAGGAGAGGAGGGUGUGGGCAGCAGAGUGGUGGAACAUCAAGCAGUUCCCAAGGCUGCUAUUCAGCCAUAGGCCGUCGGAGGCGAUGGCGACAGACAGCUGACAUGCCUAUAGGUCCCUACCACACGGAGCGUUUGCUGCGCACCUGGCGGAAGGUGGUGAAGCUGCUGGUGGCUGUGGUGCUGUGCUUCGCUGUGUGUAAUUUGCCCUUCCACCUGCGUAAGAUGCUCACCUACUACCACCCCGCCUACGACGCUACCACCGACGCUGCUCUCAUCUUCACGCCCAUCUCCAACCUUCUCAUGUACCUCAACUCCGCCCUCAACCCCAUUGUCUACUCCUUCAUGUCGCACAACUUCCGCGCAUGCGUCAGGGACGUGCUCACUCGCUACGCCCGCCGCGGGCGGCGCAGACACCCGUCUGGACCGCUGUCUGCGCCGCCUCACGCCCCCACGCCCAUCUCUCGCCACCUUCACAUCAACCCACAGCAACCUAUCAACCACACGCCGGUAAAUCCAUCAUACCACGUUAUCUACACUCCCCCACAUCCUGCCCACACUCCUUCCAACUCACCCCACAUCCCCCAGUAACUACUCUAAAACCCUCAUUUGUCCUUAUACCCAUCCUUAACAUAUCCCACGCCUAUCAAAAAUCUAUCCUAUACCCAUUUAUACCUAUCUAACACCCAACUUCAUUCCUAGCAUCACCUGUCGGGGGAGGGGCAGAGUCAUUCUAAACUAGAAGUGGUGAUGGGGGAGGGGUCGAGCGAAGUGGUCUUUGAAGCGUUGGGGUCGAGUGACUAGUGGUCGAACAUAGGAGAAGACGAACUGCUAGAGUCGAGUGACGAGGGUGGAGAGUACACGAGGAUCAACAAUGAUCCAGUGAUCCAUGCCAGGAUCGCUCGCACCGUUUCCCUUGUCAUGUUGUGGCUUUACAAGAGGAAGGUCAGUCCUACUGCCCCCAGCAACGCUGUCUACGAGGGUCGGCGGGAGGGGAGGAAAAAAGGAUAGAUUUUGAGCAGGAUUCCUGAUCAUUAUUUUUGA